AUGAAUUCAAGUUUAAUUGCACGAUUUUAGAACAGCGCAGUGGUUUACUACGCACAAAGAGGAUGGUAUUGGACAAAUAGAAUAGGAAAGUUGAAUAUUUUGGCUGUUUCAGCCAUUUGGUAUAUUGCUGCAGAGAGUUAAAUCGCAGGACAUUAGAGAAUGACUUUAUACAGACAUAAUUGGAUAUAGAAUCCAAAGCCUUCACGUGUGAUCUUCGAGGAGAGAUCAUGAGAUAUAUAUCUAUAUCUAUAUUGGAAAUAAAAUAUAAUUAUUUUGAA